AUGUCAGGAGAACGGCCCUCUACACCACCUCCACAGCCUACGGGCUCUGGGACAGGACACCUUCCUCGCGGUCCGAUAACUCCAGAGCAGCAGCGCAGAAUAGAAUUGAAUCGUAUGAAAGCCAAAGCUCUUCGAGAGCAGCGCGAAGCCGAACUAUCCCAACCCGUUCUUGACACCUCCCAUCCCGCAACAGGUGCCAAGCGCUCGUUCACCUCGAUGGCGGCGUCCUCUCAACCUGCCAAUAUGCGUGACGCGUCCUCUUCAAAUCGCCCACUGGACUCUAUCAAGCCGGCCCGCAACUUCACACGCUAUGUCGAUUAUGAUUUUAGCAAGAUGACCGACACGAAGGGUGGCUUCUUGACACAGGAGGAUGAUCCGUUCAAUAAGCAGCUUCACGUGGUGAACGAGAAAGAGGCGCAGAAACCAGCACAUAUGACCCAGAGGGAAUGGGAACGCCAUCAAAUGCUCCAAUCGCUAAAGCGGAAUCGAGAGGGACCAUUCGAGCCAGGCUUGAGUGUUCUCGAUGAUAAAAGCAAGCAAAAGACAUGUCGCGAGUGCGGUAGUCUCGAAAUUGACUGGAAAUGGGAGGAAGAACUGAAGUGUUGCAUUUGCCAUGCCUGCAAGGAAAAGUUUCCGGAGAAAUACAGCUUAUUAACCAAGACUGAAGCCAAAGAAGACUAUCUUCUGACGGACCCCGAGCUACGAGAUGAAGAACUCCUGCCACGUCUCGAGCGUCCCAAUCCACACAAGUCUACAUGGAACAGCAUGAUGUUAUAUUUACGGUAUCAGAUCGAGGAGUAUGCCUUUUCUGACAAGAAAUGGGGCUCGACGGAGGCGCUGGACGCCGAGUUUGAGCGGCGAGAAAGCGACAAGAAACGGCGACGAGAAGCUAAAUUCAAAACAAAGCUUCAGGACUUGAAGAAGCGCACGCGUGUGGAGGCCUACCGCCGAAAUCGACAGGGGAAUUCGGGGGGAGAGUUCGGUGACGAUCUAGCUUCUGGACGGAAACAUGUUCAUCAAUGGGGCCGAUCUGUUGAGAAUCCAGAGACCGGGAUUGGAGUCAAGACAUGUGUCGACUGCGGAAUGGAGGUGGAGGAACUUGAGUUCUAG